AUGGGUUACUGGAUAUAUUUCUGGAAAAAAAUUGGGGGAAGUGUUUUGGGACGCUCUGUUUGUGAUUAUUUCUUUGAAGCUCAAGGAAAGGCUACUUCUCCAGAAGACAUUCCUCCUGUAAUUGCAACAGGAUUCAGUUAUCUCAUCAUUCCACCUUUGUUUGUGAUUGAAUUUCUUCAUCAAGUGGUUGACUUGAUCAUAGAAUAUUUCUCUGACUGUACUGAAACAAUCAUUAAAGAAAAUUGUGUCAUUUUAUUGGAAGAGAUGUUGGAUAAUGGAUUCCCUCUUGCUACAGAGUCAAAUGUCCUUAAAGAGUUGAUAAGACCUCCUAGUAUAGUUAGAAAUGUUGUUAAUAAAGUGACUUGA